UCAAACAAGCUUGUUAAACGCCAGUCACAUUUUUCUCGGAGAAGUUCCUGAUUGUGUCUUUCAUAAAUAUUUUGAAAUACAAUAGGUCUAGUUAUGGAUUUUUGUAUUGAUAAUGGAGAUAAAAGUGCAAAAACAAAUAAUUGAUUACUUUGCUUUUUUCGAAGAAUUCUACAACACGUCGAAAACUUGUUUGAAAGAUUGCCAAAAUUGCGCAGCAUCUAUAAAUAAGUUGAUAAAACGCUGUAACAGCAUAAAAGAGGCCGAGGUAGUCGGUACGCCGUUGGAAGAAUUUGAAAACCUACAAGCCAAACUGUGUGCUUCCAUACAUAACCUUAUUUCUGAAGAGGUGCAGGAGAUUCGCAAUAAAUUGACUACCAUAGAAGAGUUGUUUGAGAAGCUUGUCAACAAGAACAGAGCUUUGCGAGAGAGCUGUAGGGAAAUCAAUUUCAAAGAGGACACUCCACUGGUUAAAGGAACACCAUUACAGCCACCAUUGAAGCAACUUUUGGAAUUUGCUGAUGAUACAAUAACAUUUGGCAGUCAAAUUUGUGCCCAAAUUGACACCUCACUGAGCGUGCUUAGUUUCAAAACGCUGCACACUGAAUCUUUUGCUGAUAAUUUCAGAAUUCCAACUGAGUGGCAGCAAAAAGUUCCUGAAAUUAUAGCAUACACAUCAUUUAUAUCAGAAAAUCAUGGAUCUACUUGACUCAAUCCUGAAUUCCAUGCAGAAACCGCCAUCAGCCAGCGAGGCUCAGAAAAAUGCUAUGAAAAAGCAAAAAGAGGCUUUAGAAAGAAAGAAAAAGGAGGAGAAGAACGCUAUAAACAAAUUUAGAAAACGAGUUGAGGAGAAGGUUAUUAACUUCAUAAAGGAUGGAACCAAACCAUAUUACGAAUUUGAACCAAUGGAUCAGAUGUAUAGGACUAUUGUCAGAGAAGUGGUUGAGACAGCUGGUUUGCAAGCUUUCUCAUUUGGAGUAGAUGGGGAGGACCGCUACAUUGUCAUAUACACAAAGGAAGCAGGGCCUUCUGAAGACGAACUAUCUGUGCGUAGAGCUGGCGGAGUCUGGGAUGAAGAAAAGGCAGCAGAAAUGGCCCAAAAGAGAUUAGCCAAAGAAAAAGAGAAGGCUGAAGAACAAGAGGAAGAUAAAAAUAAAAAAAGGAAGAGAGGUGGCGAGGAAUUAAGCGGAACUUUUUACAAACAGAAGUAUGCACAUUUGAUUGGACAAGAAGCAGCCAUUGAUGCGGCACAUAGGACUAAUUUAAAUAAAAGUUACGGAGAAGUUCCAAGUGCUAAUAAGAAAGAUCAACGCUCAAUAGAACAGACUAUGGCAGACAUUAGAGCUAAAAAGAUGAAGAAAGUUGAGAUUGAUAAAGAAAAUUCUGAUGAUGAGGGCCAAACUUAAUCCUACAAAAUCAUUGUUCCCUCUUACCUGAGAGCCACUAUAAAGUAAUUUAUUGUCAUUAUUACUGAAUAGUGGCUUGUAAAUUUAAUAAUGCAUCUUUGCAUUUUAGUUUACCGUUAUGUACCUAAUUAGAGGAGAAUGAUAUGAAUUAGACGAAUUGAAAUCACUCUCAAUUUUCACUUCAUCGGCACUUGAUACCACCUUACUUAUGGUAACUUACUACUUAUGGUUCUAAACAUGCAACUGGAAAUAGUAGUGACCAGAUUACAAACUAUAUGAAUAAGGAUAAUAUCAAAUUCUACAGGUACAUUAAUUUAUUAAUGUAGUUAGAAUGUUCUAAUAUACUUUGAUGGAGGUUUUACGAUUUAUCACUAUGACCGCUAUGCUGAAAUACUUUAAUUACCCAGGCAUAAUACUUGGGUUGAUGUUUUGUGUUUAGGACUUUUGUUCCAUUGACAUGUGAGCUCAUAAAAUUUCAAUCUGUAUCAAGAUUAAUAUAAAACAGUAGUCGUUUUCAAAUACGUAAUUUAGCCAAAAAUGUACCCAUAAGAUAGUGAAAUCCAGUAAGGAAUGGCACCUUCAAUCAAAUGUUAAAAUCCCACCUUGUAACAAAUUUCGAAUAUAACGAACUAUUUAUUCAUAAUUGUAAAUGUAUCUUUACUAUAAAUACUGAAUGACUUCUCCCUGUUGUAUCACUUUUUAAUAUCUACAAUGGCUCAAUACACAGUUAGGCCAAGCUAAAAGCUAAAGUGACACAUAGUAAAUAGAAAUUUAUUUUAAUGUAAAUUGAGUUUAAUUUGUCAUAAACAAAAGUUUAAUGGUAAACUCUGGAGGUAUUAUUGUAAAGAUAUUAAAAUAUGUAAAAACUCAAAUUAAAAUUUAUCAAAUAUUAACUACAUGCAUAACAUUUCAUAUGCUUAAAAAAUAAAAUUCACACCUUCAGCGAAAUAGUAAAAGCUAGCAAUAAUUAUAUUAACUUAUUGUGUUCAGUUUCAAUUUCGUUAAUUUGUCUGUAAGUAAUUUGUUGAUUUAAUAUUUGUAGCGUUAAGUAUUUCAAACAUGGGCCACUAUUGGGUUAAAUUAAGUUGAAACACAUAACUUACCUCAAUUCUUCCAUUGAUAAUUUACUAAUAAAACUAGGAAGUUAAAUAUAAUGUUUUAAAUUUACUUUAUUAACCAGUUUUUGCAGACAAAAUGCUAAUAGAGCUAUUUAUUUACAAAUGACUCAGUCAUGUGAAAGACAGGCCGUCGAACCAGUGAUUAUAGCGGUUUACAAGUCACUUACAGCAUCUGACAGUGUCGUACAAGGCACUGACAGCAUCUGACAGUGACGUACAAUUCACUGACAACAUUUGACAUUUGACGUGUUCUAAGAUAUUAGAAACAGAUGUGACUGUAAUACGCUCAUCUUCUCCCAUUAACAAAAGUCUUCAUCAUAAAGACAUUCAGCUGUAAUAUCUCAGUCGUCUGCAGUCUGUAACAACGUGACAUUGGCGGAAAAGCUUCAUAAUCAAGCUUGUCGCCAGUAAUCAAAGGAGAAGAAGAAGAAGUAAUACGCUCUGCCCAGUUAUAAUUUAAAUACUAAUUAAAGUACGAAAGAGAUGAAGCGAUCGUGUGGUCAUUAGUCGUAAUAGAAUUAAAUUUAUUCCAUAUCAGUGAUGCUGCAUUAGAUGAAUUCUCUACCUUCGCCUCUUUAGAAAAAGAUAUUGGCCGCACAUCUACAUUGUCUCUUUCUAGUGUGGGUAAUCUUGUGAGAUUAUUACUCAACCUACUAUCUAUGCGUAAAAUAUAUGAAUGUUCUUUUGGUCCUGUACUCUUACAUACAAAUUAUUACAGUAAAAAUGAACAUCGCGGGCGCCUAGGUAUAAAAUACGCGAUCGACAUACUUCAGAAAUAACCAAGUUACAUAACAUAUGGCCACUAUGUAGUGUUUCUUUUCUUCGAAGUUUCUAGGUUCUAGAAUGAUCUACAAGCAACAGAAUUACAGGAGUUUCAAAGAUUAUUUUUGUACACGCCUAAGACUGGAAAUUGACUUUAGAUAGCAAUAAAUAAUUUAAUUAUUUUGUAACUGUGUGUACGCCAUUAGUUAUAAUAUUCAAAUUAAUAAAUGUGAACGAAAUAAUGCCUA